AGCCGCAGGAAGAUUGAAAUUAUUGCGUAAGUGACCGCGUUUAUUCGAUUUUUGUUGUUUAAUUUGCAGUUCAUCACAUAGCAUGUAAAUGCAAUGUAUCCUAACGUUGCAUUAAGAUUUACAAGCGCUUUACUCCUCAGAACCAAUGUUUUAAUGUAUGUAGCAGUUGCUCGUUAUGUGAAGGCCAACUUUAGCUUGAAACAAUUAAACCGGCUAGGUCAAGGUAGAGGUUAAUGUAUACAGUGUUUUAUAUCAAGGUUACGUAAUGCUGCUUGCAUGUGUAAUGCAUGUUUUUUGAACGCAGGGUUACGUGGUACAAGCUGCAACGGUGGAGUCAUGGCGAUGAGCGGUGACGAGAGCGGACUGGGCUCCAGCCUGCGGGAGGCUGACCCGGAGUUGCACGGCCUCAUACAGAAGGAGAAGAAGCGACAGAUGUCUGGUCUGGAGAUGAUUGCUUCAGAGAACUUCACGUCUGUGCCGGUGCUGCAGUGUCUGUCCUCGUGUUUGCACAACAAGUACUCUGAAGGGCUGCCAGGUCAGAGGUACUACGGCGGGAACGAGCACAUAGACGAGAUCGAGCUGCUGGCGCAGCGACGCAGCCUCGCAGCCUACGGCCUGGACCCGGCCGAGUGGGGGGUCAACGUGCAGCCCUACUCCGGCUCGCCGGCCAACAUGGCCGUGUACACCGCGCUGCUGGGACCACACGGCCGCCUCAUGGGUCUGGACCUGCCCGACGGCGGGCACCUCACGCACGGCUUCGCGGCCGGCAGCAAGAAGAUCUCUGCCACGUCGCUCUUCUUCGAGUCGAUGCCGUACAAGGUGGACCCCAGCACGGGCCUCAUCGACUACGACAUGCUGGAGAAGACGGCCAGGUUGUUCCGUCCCAACAUCAUCGUGGCGGGAAUCAGUUGCUACUCGCGCUGCCUGGACUACGAGCGGUUCCGGCGCAUCGCGGACGAGGUGGGAGCACUGCUGAUGGCCGACAUGGCGCACGUGUCGGGUCUGGUGGCGGCCGGCGUGGUGCCCAGCCCCUUCCCCCACUGCCAAGUCGUCACCACCACCACGCACAAGACCCUGCGCGGCCCCCGGGCCGGCCUCGUCUUCUACCGCACAGGGGUGCGAUCGGUCAGCAAGUCGGGGGAGACGCAGCUGUACGACCUGGCCGGGAAGAUCAACCAGGCGGUGUUCCCGGGGCUGCAGGGCGGGCCGCACAACCACGCCAUCGCCGGCAUCGCGACCGCCAUGCUGCAGGCUCGCUCCCCGCAGUUCCAGCAGUACCAGCGCCAGGUGGUGGCCAACGCGCGGGCCCUGAGCGAGGGCCUGCAGGCGCGGGGCUACCGCGUGGUGACGGGCGGCACAGACGUGCACCUGCUGCUGCUGGACCUGCGACCGGCCGGCCUCACCGGGGCCAAGGCAGAGGCCGUCCUGGACCACGUGGCCAUCGCCUGCAACAAGAACACCGUGCCGGGCGAUAAGAGUGCCCUGAACCCGAGUGGUAUUCGCCUGGGCACUCCAGCGCUGACCACGCGAGGCCUCAAGGAGCAGGACAUCCACAAGGUGGUCGACUUCAUCGACAGAGGGCUGCAGCUGGCCAAGGAGGCGACCGCGCUGUCGGGCCCCAAGCUGGUGGACUUCAGGAGAGUGCUGUGCGAGGACGCACGCCUCAGCGACCAGCUGCGCCGACUGCGCGACCAGGUGGAGGCCUUCUCGCUCGGCUUCCCGCUGCCCGGCCUGCCCGACCUCUAGUGCCCGACACUGUCACCCUACAUUCAUGCACAGGGUUAACCUGACAUAAACUGAGCACAGUGAACCCUGAAUAUUUUUGUACUCUUUUUACUUAUACAAUUUACCUUUACCUCUUGAUUUUUGUUUCAGGCAUGGAAAUGUCUGUAGGGUUUAAAUGUGCAAUAAAUUCAACAACAAAAAAUUAACAUUUGAAAACUUUGUGAGUAUUGAUUGUAGUAUUUCUGUUUGUUUACACCCCUCCUUUUCCAAGACACUAACACCAUAUCAGCACCUAAUCAUGAAACAAACAAGUUUAGCCAUCGACUGAUAAAAAGUAUAUUAACAACUGUUGAGUCACCGCAGUUUACCAUCAAGAAAUAUGUGCAAAAUACGUCAUUAAAAACACAAUGAUUUAGUGUUCUUGUGAAAUUCCUCUCUCCUGUCAUAAUCAUUGACAGUCCUGAUUGUUGUGUUUCGCUUGAUUUUAUGUAAGUAAAAACAUUCAGACAUAAAACAUACUGAUUGUGAGAGAUUUUUUGUUUACUAUGAUUCAAAUUCACAGUAGAUUUAAUAAUACCUAAUGCAUGCUGUCACAGUCACUGCAAAUGAAACUGUGAAAAAGGUACAUAUUGUACAAAGAUUUGUGCUUAACAUAGUGUUGCAUGUGUGUUAAAAAAAUAAUGAUGACUUUAAUACAUGUUAAUCCAGUUUUUAAAUGACUUAUUUUAAGCAGAAGUAUUCACGCAAAAGUAUAUAAAAUACAACAAAAAAAAAUUUAAAUUGGAUUUUGAUUUUCUAGAGCUAUGUUUAUAAAUAACAUGGGUGGCAAUUCUGCUUUGAAUCAUUUACUUCGACAUGGUGUCAUGAUUGCUUAUUGAUGUUAUAAGUGAAAGAUUUUGCAUACGUAAAUUUUCUCUCCACUCGUGAACAUAAUGUUAUGUUUAUGAAAUAAAUUUUUUACAUUGAAGUGUAUGGUAUAUGUUUCCAUAAUACUAAGCGUGUGAUAAUGGUAUUGUUACGAACCUGGGAGGCAAGGUCACUAAGUGGCCUGGUGGCACCGCACGUCCACUGACGUCAUGCGUGCAUAUCUUUGAGGCCUCGCCACUCCCCUGCCCUGCUCUCGCUUCCUCGGUGCUGUCAUGUAUCCCUUAGCAACUUACUGGGGUCGCCACGUGGAGUGAACAACGCACCACUGUUCCGGAUGCUUCGAGCGUCGGGUCUGCCUGGGAUGACGCGACGCGUCACAACCAAUCCAGUCCGUUCCAGAAAAAUGCCAACUGGUACAAAAGCCGCGACGCCGGCCUCCAUAGGAGUUCCAACAGGCGAGUUGAGUGAAGAGUGAGUUCGGCGAGCAGCGCAAACUCGGAGCGACAGGACCGUGCGAGUGCGACCGAGUGGCGCGGGACUGUGUGUGUGGACAGGCGAGUGGUGAGGGGCGAACCACUGUGGAGCCCAGCUCCAGUGAGGAGUGCGAACUGCGGACUGGACAGAUACUUAGUGAUCUACGAACACACAUUAAGCGUGGUGAUUUAAUUGUUUAUGUAAAUAUUAGUAGCAAUAAAAAAACUAUAGAAUUAA